AGUAUUAAUAAAGAAGUGAAGUCAAACCAAAACUCAGUGAAACUGAAAGAAUGGCAGUUCCAUCUUCUGCACAAAUGUUUUUGUCUUCUUUGCUGAAAAUCGUCGCUUUCCUUUUCAUUUAGCUUUAUAACGUCUAAAGCUUAAAGCACCUGACACUUGAAGCCAUACUUGUUUCAAUUAUCCUAACUCAAACCAGCAGCUGAAAACUGCUAAAAUCUCAAACAUCUCCACUCAGAAUUAAACUGCGGAAAAUGGGUAUGGUCGAGUUGAUCGGCGUGGUGCUGUUAUUGGGGGUUUUAUGCGCAGAAUCCAAGUACAUGGUUUAUAACACUUCAGCAGGAGUUGAUGCUGGGAAAAUCAAUGUUCAUUUGGUUCCUCACACCCAUGAUGAUGUCGGUUGGUUAAAAACCGUUGAUCAGUAUUAUGUUGGCUCUAACAAUUCAAUUCAAGGGGCUUGUGUGCAGAAUGUGUUGGAUUCUUUAGUGCCGGCACUGUUGGCUGACAAAAACCGGAAAUUCAUUUAUGUUGAGCAGGCAUUUUUUCAGCGGUGGUGGAGAGAUCAAAGUGAGCGAACUCAGAGUAUAGUCAAGGAACUUGUCAGCUCGGGUCAACUGGAGUUCAUAAAUGGGGGAAUGUGCAUGCAUGAUGAGGCGGUACCACAUUAUAUAGACAUGAUUGAUCAAACAACUCUUGGACAUCGGUUCCUUAAAGAGGAGUUUGGCACUCCAAGAAUUGGAUGGCAAAUUGAUCCUUUUGGACAUUCUGCUGUACAGGCUUACUUAUUGGGCGCAGAGGUUGGGUUCGACUCAUUCUUCUUUGGCCGCAUAGACUACCAAGACAGGAUUAAGCGAAAGAAAGAGGAGAGUCUCGAAGUUAUUUGGCGGGGUUCUAAGAGUCUGGGCUCAUCUGCUCAGAUUUUUGCAGGAGCCUUCCCAGAAAAUUAUGAACCUCCACCAGGUUUCUACUUUGAAGUUAAUGCUGAUUCCCCUGUUGUUCAAGACAAUGUCGAUCUGUUUGAUUACAAUGUCCAAGACAGAGUGAAUGCCUUUGUUGCUGCUGCUAUUGCACAGGCAAACAUAACCAGAACAAAUCACAUAAUGUGGACCAUGGGUACAGAUUUUAGGUAUCAGUAUGCUCAUACUUGGUUCCGGAACAUGGACAAGCUUAUCCAUUAUGUGAAUAAGGAUGGACGUGUCAAUGCUCUCUACUCCACUGCAUCCAUAUAUACUGAUGCUAAGUAUGCUACAAGUAAAUCUUGGCCGCUCAAAACUGAUGACUACUUUCCUUAUGCAGAUGUGAAUGCUUACUGGACAGGCUACUUUACAAGUAGACCAGCUUUAAAAUUCUAUGUUAGAAUAAUGAGUGGCUACUAUCUGGCUGCAAGGCAACUUGAAUUUUUCAAAGGGAGGAAUGGUUCACGGCCAAAUACCGACUCAUUGGCAGAUGCUUUGGCUAUUGCUCAGCAUCAUGAUGCUGUUACUGGUACUGAGAAGCAGCACGUGGCCUAUGAUUAUGCAAAAAGGCUAUCAGUAGGCUACAACGAGGCUGAGAACGUUGUUGCAUCUUCACUUGCUUGCUUAACUGAUUCGAAGUCAUCUAUUGGAUGUGGGGACUCAAGCACCAAUUUUCAGCAGUGCCCACUUCUGAAUAUAACUUACUGCCCUGCAUCAGAGACGGACCUGUCUCAUGGAAAGAACUUGAUUGUUGUGAUCUACAAUUCUUUGGGAUGGAAAAGAGAGGAUGUAGUACGUUUUCCUGUUGUUAAUGAAGAUGUGAUUGUUCGUGAUUCUAAGGGAAGAAAAAUUGAAUCACAGCUUGUUCCAAUAGUUGAUGCCUAUGUGGACAUAAGGAACUAUUAUGCUAGGGCAUAUUUAGGUAGCAACCCAAAUGCUUCACCUAAUUAUUGGCUUGCAUUCACAGUUUCUGUACCACCUCUUGGCUUCAGCACUUACACCAUCUCUUCUUCUAAAAAGACAGGAGCUGGAUCAACCAAAUCAUCUAUAUACAAAUUUCAGAUGGGUGAAAAACCAACCAUUGAAAUUGGUGAAGGACAUUUAAAGCUUACUAUUUCAGCACCUCAGGGAAGAUCUAAAUUAUUCAACAAGCGAAACUUGGUUGAAGAAUCAGUGGGCCAAUCAUUUAGUUUUUACACUGGAUAUAAUGGAUCUAAUGACAAAGCACCCCAGAACUCUGGAGCAUAUAUCUUCCGUCCAAAUGGCACAUAUCCCAUAAACGCUGAACAGGCCUUUGUGACUGUUAUCAACGGACCAAUAAUGCAUGAGGUGCAUCAACAAAUAAAUAAGUGGAUAUUUCAGACUACCAGACUUUACAAGGAGAAGGAGCAUGUUGAAGUUGAGUUCAUUGUUGGGCCAGUGCCAGUUGAUGAUGGAUUUGGCAAAGAAGUAGCAACUCAGAUUACGACUUCUCUGGAAAGCAACAAAACAUUCUACACAGAUUCCAAUGGACGUGAUUUUAUUAAACGGAUUCGUGAUUUUAGGGCAGACUGGGACCUGGAAGUAAACCAACCAGUUGCUGGAAAUUAUUAUCCUAUUACAUUAGGAAUUUACAUUCAUGAUAAGGAGAAAGAAUUUUCAGUCCUGGUAGAUCGAUCUCUCGGAGGAUCUAGCAUAGUGGAUGGACAAAUAGAGUUGAUGCUCCACAGGAGGCUGCUACUUGAUGACUCUAGAGGAGUCGCAGAGGCUUUAAAUGAAACAGACUGCAUUCCUGGUGAUUGCAGAGGACUAACUGUAAGUCCAAGGAAAUAUUAUUACAGAAUUGACCCACUAGGAGAGGGUGCUAAGUGGCGCCGUUCUUUUGGCCAAGAGAUAUACUCACCCCUCCUAUUAGCAUUUGCAGAAGAGGAUGGAGAUAACUGGAUGAGUUCACAUACACCCACAUUUUCAGGGAUUGAUGCCUCCUAUAAUUUACCUGAUAACGUUGCUCUUAUAACUCUCCAGGAGCUUGAAGGUGGAAAAGUUCUCCUAAGGUUGGCACAUUUGUACGAGAUUGGAGAGGAUAGUGUUCUCUCUGUAAUGACUAGAGUGGAACUGAAGAAGCUGUUUCCAGGCAAGAAGAUUGCAAAGGUGACAGAGAUGAGCUUGUCUGCCAAUCAAGAAAGAGAGGAAAUGGAGAAGAAGAGACUUGUUUGGGAAGUAGAAGGAGAAGCAAAUAAAAAUCCCAAGGUUGUAAGAGGUUCACAGGUUGAUCCAAAGAAACUGGAUGUGGAGCUUGCUCCUAUGGAAAUCCGUACCUUUGUCAUCGAAUUUGAAUUCGAUCUAAUGACUGAUGCUUUCAAGAAAAUGAUUGAUGUUUAAGUGGCUGCAUUUUGUUUUUCAAUUGAGAGGUACUUGCAAACUCUUAUUGGCUCCG